AUGAAGACCCACGUCAGGGAGCUUCACCAAACGGUGAUGGAGAUGGAGAUGGCAUAUUUUACCAUGCCAGAUGUGAACUCUCCUCGCACCGGGAUGCAAUUGCAGCCCGGCGAGGUGUUUCCGGUCAGCGAAGUGGUGAAGACUGGUGAGGACCAAACCUAUCUGAAACUGGCCGACGGCCGUGGAUGGGCCUUUACCCAUAGCUCCCGAGAUGGCCGACAACUCUGCGAGAGAUUGAGCCCAGAAGAGGCCAGGGCCAAAAUGCAAGAUAUGCCACGCCCUGGCGAGAUGUACGCAGGGGUCAUGGAACGCAUGAUGCGCGAGCGUCCGGAGCUGGUACAGCAGCUUCUGUCAGAUCCGGAGAUGGCUGCGGGGCUUGCCAACCCCGAGACCAUGGCACCUUGGAUCACCUUGGGCUUUGGCGAAUUUUUCUGGCGUUUUUGGGGGCGGGCCAAAAAUGGCGGCAAGGCCAAAUACUCUGCAAUGCUUGAAGCAGCCAGUCUGGUGACCAUCUUUCUGGGGGCCAAUGGGCAGAAAGAACGGCGGAUCUUCGGUGACGCCUUUGGUCGUCACUUUCGCUGGAGAAAAAAUGAGCGAGCAUUUAGCGGCUGUCCUUCGCUGACCGGUGCUGCGGAGCCUUCGUCGUUUUUCACCAUGGCGGAAACGGUGGAACCGGCGGCGAAGAAGCAGAAAACUGAGGACGGCGAGGCGGAGGUCAAGACCGAGCCGGAAGAAAAGGAGAAGGAUGCCGUGAAGAUCAAAGGCGAGAAGAUCAAGGAGGCAGUGGCCUUUCACACCAACGACACCACCAUGAACGUCAUGGUUUCUUCGGGCGGCAGCCUGCUGAUGCCGCUGAGCGACGGCGGCAUCCGCCAUCUCCUCGCUGGGGCGCGGGCCAGCGUGGGGCUGAAGUCAGGGAGAUAUAUGUUCGAAGCCAAGAUCGUGGAGAUGGUCAUGCGUGCCGAGGAUGGGCCAAAGCCCAGCCCAAAGCACGUGCUGAGACUGGGUUUCAGCACCUCUCAGUCGCAGCUGUUGAUGGGCCACGCUGCCACGGACAUCUGCUUCGACAUGGAAGGUUUCCUCUUACACGACAAGAAGAGGAGCUCCUUAGGUUUGCCAGCAAGAUAUGGCAAGGGCAAUGUGUUGGCGGUGCUGAUUAAUCUGGACAAGGCCAGCCCGAACGCCUUCACCAUUAGCCUCUUCAAAGAUGGGAAAAGAGCUUGUGAGCCUCAGCCCUUGCCCGAGAGUCUGCACGGCAAGGUCCUGUUUCCCACCAUCAACUACCGAAACGUGGCGGUGAGUGCCAACUUUGGCUCCAGCCCUCAAGUGGCCUUACCUUUCACCUGCCACAUGGUGCAGGAUGCCUACGCAAGCCACAGUUCGGUCACAGCUGCGGACAGCAGCACCGAAUUUGAGGUGGUCUUCCCGUGCUGUUUGCCGGACCAGGGCGCCUUCGACUGGUUGGACAUGUUCAAGGCGAAACAUCCCAACUACACCGAGCUCUCAGAUCGGAUGAUCUUGGAUUGGGCCGAGAAGAGUGGCAUCACAGCACCCAAGGUCCAGACCAAUAACGAUAAGCCAGAGUUCCGCUUUGGCAUCUCUGACAUGGACGAUCUCAGUAUCCGAAGGAUGAUUCAGUGCAUGGCGGCUCUCCAGAAGAGGCAUUACAUCAUUAUGGAGCUCAGGGGCAACCUGAGCAAAGAGACGCGUGUGGCCUCUUUGGGCCAGUUCUUCGAUGCCUCUUUCAAGAAAAAAGCCUACGUGGUCAUGGGAACUCCAGAUGCAGACUUCAAGAAGAAGAACUUGGAGUUGAUGCUGAAGGAGAAGCAGGAGCAGUCGGAUGCCCAGUUCAAGAAGGAGAAGGAAGAGGCCGCCCGCAAAAAGGCUCUGGAGAAGAAACAGAAGGAGGCGGAGAAGGCCAAAAAGAAGGCGGAGAAGGAGCGCCAGAAGAAGUUGGAAGAGAUGAAGAAGGCGGCCGAGAAGGCCAAAAAGGAAGCCGAACGCAAGAAGGCUGAAGCCGAAGGCCGGCAGAUUGAGGAAGAGGAGGAGGAAACCAAGGAUGUUGAAAUGGAAGAAGAUGAGGUGGAAGAGGAGGAGGUCGAUGAAGUGGAAGUCGAUGAGGAAGCUCCUAAGGUUACAUUGACAGCUGAGGAGAAGAAGGUGACCUUCCGCAAGCUGCCCCUGCCGGAUAUUCCGGAGCAACUUCUCAACACCAGUUUCACGAAGUUCUCUUUGCCUGAGCUCGACGAAGGUUUUGACGACCUGCACUACGAGUGGAGUGCCAAGGGGCCCGCAGCUGCUCAGACCCUGCAGAAGUGGGUCCUGGAACGAAAGCUCACCAGUCGGGUGGAAGACUUGGCUCCUUCCAUGUGGUUCAAGACCAAGUGGGCGGCAUGGCAGAAGCUCUUCCAUCAGUGGCAGAGCAAGCAGAUGGAGUACCGCACCAAGGUCCAAAAGAAGGCCACCGAGAAAGCGCAGAAGGAGGCCAAGAAGCAGCAGGCACUGAAGCUCGCCGAGGCCAAAGCAGCUGCCGAAAAGGCCAAAAAGGAACAAGAGAAGGCUGAGGCAAAAGACGACGAGACGAAGGAGGAAGAGGAAGUGAAGGCCGAGGAAGAGGAGAAGGUGGAUCCUAUGCAAGUGGAUGAAGAAGAGGAAGAGGAAGAAGAGGCCGUGGACUUCGAGGCUUUGGACAUCUUCGGUGUGGACGAGGUGGAUGACAUCGGCGGCGGCAUGCCGCUCUACAAGGACUUUGGCUCCGAGGAUUGGACGCUGAUGACCCUGUGCUUUGAGCUCCACCUCAUGUCACAUGCCUUCAAGAAGGACUGUGAUGACACGGAUCGCAAAGGCAUCAUCUUGGACCAUUUGGGUUUCUACUACAACCGUUACUACAGCAAGCCGCUCACGGCCAAGAGCUACGGCGUAGAGAACGAGCAGGAGCUCAUUGCGCUGGCCAAGGAUUGCGUCUUCGUCAACAAGGACAAGGUGAUGGAAUCUCUCCUGGAUGAGGAGAUCGAGUAUCCUCAGGUCUUCGUCAAGAUCUGUGAGGAGUCGCGCAGGCAUCGGGCGCUGCUGCUGGAUAUGGGCGACGAGAGCGCCAAGCUGAAGUUCUCGGGCGCCGCCAAGGGCAGCAUGACCUCCGCGGGAGGUGCCAAGGGCGCCGACUCCAAGGGUGCCAAGGGGCAGGCGAAGGGUGGCUUCGGCAAGGGCCCAAUGCCUGUGGGACCCAUGGGAUCCCAGCAGAUGAACCCCAUGGCAGCCAUGGCCAACAUGGCCAUGAAGGGUGGCAACUCAGAGAAAUUCAUAGGGAAAAAUGGGGGAAAACCUAUGGAAAACCUAUGGAAAACCUAUGGAAACUAUAUGGAAAACAUAUGGAAAACCUAUGGAAAACUAUGGAAAACCUAUGGAAACCUAUGGAAAACCUAUGGAAACCUAUGGAAAACAUAUGGAAAACCUAUGGAAAACCUAUGGAACACAUAUGGAAAACUAUGGAAAAACAUAUGGAAAACAUAUGGAAAACUAUGGUAA